AUCGUCGGUCUGAGCUCAGCAAACCUCAAAUUCCGAGCAACAAGACAACCUAGCGGAUCUCCCUCCCUCACAUCCCGCUCGCCACCACUUCUCUCGCCGGCGAAUUAUAGCUUCUUGUCGUCCAGCUUGCUGAGCUUGUCUGGGGGCCUUCGCUCCACCAUUUUCGAAUUUCCUCUCUUUUUCCGACCCUGGGCAGUACACCAGCAGCUACCCUACAAAGACCUUGUCUCCGGUCGUGUCUUGCCAUCGCCGUUUCGCAACCCCUGGCCCGCCAACCCCUCGGGUCUCCGUUUCCCUCCCUUCCCUAGCGCUUCGUCCUUCUCCCCUUUUUCAAUCGCCAGAACCAGCCCAAUUGCGCCAGCCGGUCUGCCACCUUUUCGAUUACCCGCCCGACGAAUUCCCCCCGAUUUCCGCAACAACCGAUCGCGACAAUGGCGCAGAUGCGAGGAACGGGUAGCUACGGCAUGGCCGCGCCGAGUCCCUUCGGGGGACCGUCCGAGGACAAGACGGGGCAGAGCCCGCUCGAUGCGAUCCGCCAGCAGACGAGCAAGGUCGAGGACCUCCUGGACACUUUGAGCGAGCCGAUCAAGCCCUACCUGCCCGCCAUCGGCCGCUUCCUGAUCGUCGUGACCUUCAUCGAGGACGCGGUGAGAAUAAUAACACAAUGGAACGACCAGCUGCUGUACCUGCACGACUACCGCCACAUCCCCUCCGGCCUGACGCACCUCUUCCUCAUCCUCAACGUGAUCGCCAUGGUGGCGUGCUCGACGCUGGUGAUCAUCCGCAAGCACUCGGAGCGCGCGGUGGGCGGGCUGAUCGCGGUGGUGAUCACGCAGGCGCUCGGGUACGGGCUGAUCUUCGACCUCAACUUCUUCCUGCGCAACCUGUCCGUCAUGGGCGGCCUGCUGAUGGUGCUGUCCGACUCGUGGGUGCGCAAGACCAAGGCCUUCGCCGGCCUGCCCCAGCUCGAGGAGAAGGACCGCAAGAUGUACUUCCAGCUCGCCGGCCGCGUCCUGCUCAUCUUCUUGUUCGUCGGCUUCGUCUUCAGCGGCCAGUGGUCUGUCUGGCGCAUCGUUGUUUCGUUGAUCGGCCUCAUGGCCUGCGUCAUGGUCGUCGUCGGCUUCAAGGCCAAGUUCAGCGCGACCCUGCUGGUGGUGAUCCUCAGCGUGUUCAACAUCCUCGUGAACAACUUCUGGACUCUCCACGAGCACCACCCGCACAAGGACUUCGCCAAGUACGACUUCUUCCAGAUCCUGUCCAUCGUUGGCGGUCUCCUGCUGCUCGUCAACAGCGGCCCGGGCCAGUUCAGCAUCGACGAGAAGAAGAAGGUCUACUAAGCAUAUCUCGCGCACCCGAUUUCCGAGGUCAUGGCAAAUCGCACGCAGAAAGAUACACUGGGCGGUCCGAUCCGGGACAAGUCCGAGAACGGGCUGUCCGAUGAGAUUGGUUAGGGGUGGUUGCGGAGGAGGUCAUCGGUUGGGCUCUGCAUCAUUUCACGGCGUGGAACCCAUUUUGAUGUAGAAAAAGUACAGCACAAAUGCGCAACGGGCAAAUUUUGGGUCACGGAGUUUUGAGU